AUGACUCAGGCAUGGAAAAAACAUUGCUUCUUUUUACAUUUCGUUUUGGUAGGUGCUGGUUUACUUGUUGCAGCUCAAGAUGCUACAGAAGAUGAGGAAGCUGUGGAAGAUACUGUAGUUGAAGAUGAAGAUGAUGAAGCAGAAGUUGAAGAAGAUGAGCCUACAGACUUGACAGAAGAAAAAGAGGAAGAAGACUUGUCAGGCGAACCUAAAGCCUCACCUAGUGCUGAUACAACCAUCUUAUUUGUGAAAGGUGAAGACUUUCCAGCAAACAACAUCGUAAAGUUUCUGGUAGGCUUCACCAAUAAGGGCACAGAGGAUUUUAUUGUUGAGUCGCUUGAUGCUUCUUUCCGUUACCCUCAAGACUAUCAGUUUUAUAUCCAGAACUUCACAGCUCUCCCACUGAAUACAGUAGUUCCACCACAGAGACAAGCCACAUUUGAGUACUCUUUCAUCCCAGCUGAGCCUAUGGGUGGUCGUCCUUUUGGACUAGUUAUCAACCUGAACUACAAAGAUGUAAAUGGCAAUGUGUUCCAAGAUGCUGUCUUCAAUCAAACGGUUACAAUUAUUGAGAAAGAAGAUGGGCUGGAUGGAGAAACAAUCUUCAUGUAUAUGUUCCUUGCUGGACUUGGUCUACUUGUCAUUGUUGGCCUACAUCAGUUGUUAGAAUCCAGGAAGAGGAAGAGACCAGUACAGAAAGUAGAGAUGGGAACAUCAAAUCAGAAUGAUGUUGAUAUGAGUUGGAUUCCUCAAGAAACUUUAAAUCAAAUCAUGCAAAGUAGAAGAGGUGAGACAAACUGGUGCUUUAAAGAGUGGAAAUUACUGAUGUGUGUCUGUG